AUGGCUUUCAUUAAAACCAAAUCAACAUCAUCUCGACGUAGUCGACAAGAACGCUUUUUACGCUAUAUUUUACGUCGUAAACAAUGUUAUAUUGUACUUUUGUUCGAAUUUCUUACUCUCAUCAGUCUUAUUUUAAUAUUACUUCUAUUCUUUUGGCUUUCUCGAAAUGAAAUAAAAGAAAUGGAAAUAGCAAAAAUUGAAAAUAAUUGGAAAAGAAGUGAGCAACACAAAUUGAACUUUUACACAUGCGAUUAUGAACCUAUUUGGGAGAAACCAGAACAAAUGAACUAUGAUUUAUGUAAUAAUCAUUACGGUAAAGGUGCACAAAUAUGGACAAUGCAAAAAACAUUAACAAAUUCAACAAGAUGUGUUCAUAAAAUACAUAUGUUACCGUGUCAUAAAUCAUUAUUGGAAGGUGCACCAUCAAAAAUUUAUGAUAACGAGCGCAUAUCACCGGCAAGUUGUGGUGGCUUAUUUGGUGCACCAAUGCCUUAUGAAUAUAUUACAUCUGAAACAACUAUUCGUGCACCUCAAGUAACAAAUGAAAUGCUUGCAAGGUAUUACAUAAAUCAAACUAUCCUCUCAACUGCUUUACAUGUCAAAUGUCCACGAUGUCUUGUUAAGAGCAGUUGGUAUGCAUCAACGAUACCAUUGCACUGUCGUCGACAAUUAACUACGAUAGAAUUAGGUUGGCCUUACAUUGCUAAAUAUUGCGAUUUGGAAGAAGAAAAAGAGAUGAAUCUUGAAAAAAUGAUUUACUGCUAA